AUGAGGCUGAUUGGUUAUAGACUGGCCAAAAAUCUGGAGAAAAUGGUCGAUUUCUACUCGCAGUUCAAUCCAUCAUCGUUAUCCAUUAAACAGUUCAUUGACUUUGGUUUAAAGGCAAAUGAACAAAAAUCAUAUCAGUUUUUAAAGAAAGAACUUCCCGUUCGUUUGGCAAAUAUUAUGAAAGAAAUUCACUUGCUACCAGAUAAUUUGUUGAAAAUGCCAUCUGUGAAUUUAGUGAACAACUGGUACGCUCAAUCUUUCAAUGAAAUGAUUGAAUUUGAAGUUGAUGAUGGAUGUACUGAACAAACUUUAAAUAAAUUUUGUCAAAUAUUAGUAAAAAUUCGUAAUCGUCAUUCAGAUGUUGUCCAAACAAUGGCACAAGGGGUUUUAGAGCUGAAAGAUUCACAUGAAAUCGAUUUGCAUACUGAAAACAGCAUUCAAUAUUUUCUUGAUCGUUUUUAUAUGUCUCGAAUUGGUAUUCGUAUGCUUAUUAACCAGCAUACAUUAUUAUUUGGUGACCAUAUAAACAACAAUAACCAUCAUCAACAUAUCGGUUGUAUUGAUCCUUAUUGUGAUGUGAUAAGCGUUGUGAAAGAUGCAUACGAGAAUGCUAGAUUUUUGUGUGACCAAUAUUAUUUGACCUCGCCCGAAUUAGAAAUCUGUAAAAGUAUUGAUGCUGAUGAUGAGCCAAUAAAAAUUGUUUAUGUGCCAUCACAUUUGUAUCAUAUUCUAUUUGAAUUAUUCAAAAAUUCGAUGAGAGCUACUGUUGAGCAUCAUAAGACUGAUAUUUUGCCACCAUUGCAUGUAACAAUCGUAAAAGGAAAAGAAGAUGUCUGUGUUAAAGUGAGUUUAAAAAUGGUGUUGAUCUUUGCUCUAUAUUCUUGUAACCUUGGGUUUGAGGUAUGGAAACAUCCAUGGUUUAUAUCGGUUGCCAUUUGUCAUAUGUUGAUGUUAUCUAAAAGAAUAUUGAACAUUGUCAGUAGUAUUAUUUUUGUUUAA